AUGGCAUCCAAAUCACAGAAGAAAGCCAAUCUCUUAGAUCAUCACUCCAUCAAGCACAUUCUCGAUGAGUCUGUUUCUGAGGUGGUUAAGGGACGUGGGUAUUCUGAAGACGUGAGAUUGAGCAAUGUGAGGCUGUUGAUUGGGUCUGUUAUUAUUGUCAUUGCUCUGUUUGCUCAGUUUUACAAGAAGAAGUUUCCUGAGAAUAGGGAUUUUCUUCUUGCCUGCAUCGCCUUAUAUCCUUUUCUGAUCAUAUAUACUAAGGAGAAGAACGCCAUUCUCUUUACUUAUCCUCUGGCUGGUUCCUUUACCAGCACUGGUUUGGUAGUUUCCUCCAAAUUACCCAGAUUUUCUGACAUUUACACACUUACGGUAGAAAGUGCAGAUCCAAAAUCAAUUUCUGCAAAUGAACCCGUAAAUCUUACCAAAAGUGUUACUGAGUGGUUCACUAAGGAUGGAGUCUUAGUUGAAGGCCUCUUUUGGAAGGAUGUUGAAACUCUGAUAGCUCAAUAUACUAAAGAACCAAAGAAGAGCAAGUGA